GUUGCUGCGUCUUGCUCCUAUCGGUCUCCCGCCCACCCGACCGUCUUGUGGCACCACUGUCUUGGCCACCCAUCGAUCCCCCGCCUCUGCAGCAUGGCUAGACACCGUCUUGUCUCGGGUCUCCCUCGCCUCUUUGCGUCGCUCCCUCCUUCGCCUGCACCGCCGUGCACUCCUUGCGUCGCCGGCCGCUUUCGCGCCACUCCGCUCUCAUCCUCCCUUCGUCCGUCCACUGCUCCCUUCCAGACUCUCCACUUGGACGUCUGGGGCCCUGCCCCUACGCAGGGACCUGAGAGGGAGUGCUACUUUCUGGUGGUCGUCGACGACUACUCCAGCACUCGUGGUCGUCGUGUCUCCUGUCUCCACUCCGACCGUGGGGGGCGAGUUUCGCUCCGGCAUUCUUCGCGGAUUCUGCGGCGAACAGGGCAUCUCACAGUCUUGGACGCUUCCGGAGUCCCCACAGCAGAAUGGGGUUGCUGAGCGCCACAUUGACUUGAUCAUGGACAUUGCCUGCACGUCCAUGAUCCAUGCCCGUGCGCCCCAUUUUCUGUGGCCCUACGUGGUUCGCUACGCCGCCCACCAGCUGAACCUCCAGCCGUGUGUCUCGCAGCCAGAGGCUUCACCGACCAGUCUUUGGACCUGGUCCCCUGGUGUUGGGUCGGCCUUUCGUGUCUGGGGCUGCAUUGCGCUUGUCCGCGACACCUCUGCGGACAAGCUCUCGGCUCGCGCCAUCCCUUGUGUCUUCCUUGGUUUCCCGGUGGACUCUCUCGACUAUGCCUUUUACCACCCGCCUCUCCACCAGUUCCUAGACUCCCGUGACAUCCGGUUUGACGAGUCAGUGACCUACUACACCCGGUACCCCUGUCGAGGUCUCCCGGUCCCCCCUCCUCCUCUUUUCCUUGCACCCUCUCCUCCUCCUGCUCCCGCUCCUCCGGUACCCCCGCCCCCCCUUGGUCCUGCCCCGUUGCUGUGGACUCUGGGGGUUUUGGAGCUGGAGGUGCUGACACUGGAGGUGCUCGGUCUGGGGGUGCUCGUUCGCAGGGUGCUGGAGCUGGAGGUGCUAGUUCGGGGGGUGCUGGAGCUAGAGGUGGUGGCACAGGUGGUGCUAGUUCUGAGGGUGCUGGAGCUGGAGGUACUAGAGCUGGAGGUGCUGGCACUGGAGGUGCUAGUUCUGGGGGUGCUGGAGCUGGAGGUACUGGAGCUGGAGGUGCUGGCACUGGAGGUGCUAGUUCUGAGGGUGCUAGAGCUGGAGGCAUUGACACUGGUGGUGCUACCCUUUGGAGACACUGGCACUGGGGGCAACUCGCCGGCGUGCGCGUGA